GCGAGCCCCCGCCCCGCCGGGCCCCAGGGCCGUGCCGCGCGGUCUGUGGCUGGCGGCUGGCGCCGGGCUGAAGGGCUGCGGGCGCGGGGUUGCUGAGGACGGCCCGCCGCGGGCCUGCUGGCCGUGCCCCCUCAGAGCGCAGCGCGGGGCUGCGGGGAUGGCGAACGUCCUCGCGGGGUUUGGGCUGUUUCUGUCGCCGCUUCGGUUGGUGGGGAAGCGCGUUAAUCCGUGAGGCGCUUCGUUUGCAGUAUUAAUUCUAAACGCGUCCGUUUUUUCCAGCUCUGCUCCGGGCCUAACAGCAGGCGUUCCCGCUUCCCGCACCCCGCUCCUCGUUCCUCCUCUGAGGCCAUCGCAGCUCCUUUGCUGGCUGCCAUAGGGCUGCUGGGUGUAGCGUGGUCAGCAGGAAUAGCAGGCAACUGCUAUGUCAGUGGACUGCCUGGGACAGCACGCAGUACUCUCAGGCCGCCGUUUCCUCUACAUAGUCAAUCUGGAUGCACCAAACGAGGGCCAUCGAAAGAUCUCCCGGCAGAGCAAGUGGGACAUUGGGGCAGUGCAGUGGAACCCACACGACAGCUACGCGUACUAUUUUGCAGCUUCGAGCAACCAGCGAGUUGACCUGUAUAAGUGGAAGGAAGGUAAUGGGGAAGUUUGCACAUCCUUGCAAGGACACACACGUGUGAUCAGUGACUUGGACUGGUCAGUGUUUGAACCAGACCUGCUGGUCACCAGUUCUGUUGACACAUACAUCUACAUCUGGGACAUCAAGGAUACCAGGAAGCCUACAGUCUCGCUCUCUGCAGUGGCUGGAGCUUCCCAGGUCAAAUGGAACAAGAAGAAUGCCAACUGCUUAGCAACAAGCCAUGAUGGGGAUGUCCGAAUAUGGGACAAAAGGAAACCCAGCACUGCAGUAGAAUACUUAGCAGCUCAUCUCUCUAAAAUCCAUGGUCUGGAUUGGCAUCCUGACAAUGAGUACACGCUGGCCACUUCCAGCCAGGACAACUCCGUCAGGUUCUGGGAUUACCGUCAGCCUCGGAAAUACCUCAAUAUCCUUCCCUGCCAGGUUCCUGUCUGGAAGGCGAGAUACACGCCUUUCAGCAAUGGGCUGGUGACAGUGAUGGUUCCGCAGCUCCGACGAGAGAACAGCCUACUUCUCUGGAAUGUCUUUGACUUGAACACACCUGUUCAUACUUUUGUGGGACAUGAUGACGUGGUGCUGGAGUUUCAGUGGAGGAAACAGAAAGAAGGUUCUAAAGACUACCAGCUGGUUACGUGGUCCCGUGAUCAGACUCUGCGGAUGUGGCGGAUUGACUCUCAGCUGCAGAGGCUGUGUGCUAAUGAUAUCCUGGAUGGAGUUGAUGACCUCAUCGAUGGGAUUUCUCUUCUGCCCGAGCCAGACAAGACCCUUCAACCCCAGGACUCUGAGCCCCAACAUAGCUCUGGACAUGGGGAUGAGGAAGCCUUAAAAGAAGACUUCCUGAAUGACCUUCUGGUGGGAAAGAAAACAGACCAACUGGGGCUGCCUCAAACGCUGCAGCAGGAGUUCUCACUGAUCAACGUGCAGAUCCGAAAUGUCAACGUGGAGAUGGAUGCGGUGAAUCGUAGCUGCACAGUGUCAGUGCACUGUGGCAACCACCGAGUCAGAAUGCUGGUGAUGUUCCCUGUCCAGUAUCCCAAUAAUGCUGCACCAUCCUUCCAGUUCAUCAACCCGACCUCCAUCACUGCCUCCAUGAAAGCCAAGCUGCUGAAGAUACUGAAAGACACUUCUCUGCAGAAAGUGAAGCGGAACCAGAGCUGCCUGGAGCCCUGCCUGCGUCAGCUCGUCUCCUGGCUGGAGUCUGUCGUGAACCAAGAGGACAGCACAUCCAGCAACCCCUAUGCUCUGUCCAACUCCGUGACGACCCCCCUGCCCACCUUUGCCCGGGUCUCCAAUGCCUAUGGCUCCUACCAGGACUCGAACAUCCCAUUUCCACGGACCUCUGGAGCCCGGUUCUGUGGUGCAGGGUACCUGGUGUAUUUCACGAGACCCAUGACAAUGCACCGUGCAGUGUCCCCAACAGAGCCCACACCCCGGUCCCUGUCAGCUUUAUCAGCUUACCAUAGUGGCCUCAUUACUCCGAUGAAGAUCCGUACAGAGACUCCAGGCAAUCUGCGUUUGUACAGCGGGAGUCCUACACGCAGUGAGAAGGAGCAGGUCUCCAUUAGCUCCUUCUACUACAAAGAGAGGAAGUCAAGGAGGUGGAAAAGCAAACGGGAGGGGACAGAUGCCAACAACCGACCCAUCAAAGCUGCUGGGAAAGUUAUUAUACAAGAUAUUUCCUGCUUGCUGCCUGUGCACAAGCUGCUGGGAGAGCUCUACAUACUGAAUGUAAAUAAUAUCCAGGAGACUUGCCAGAAGAAUGCUGCCUCAGCCAUGGCUGUCGGACGGAGGGAUCUUGUACAGGUUUGGUCACUGGCUAUGGUAGCCACUGAUCUUUGUCUUGGACCGAAGUCUGACCCAGAUCUGGAGAUACCUUGGGCACAGCAUCCAUUUGGACGUCAAUUACUGGAGUCCUUGCUGGCUCAUUACUCGCAGCUCCACGAUGUGCAGACCCUGGCCAUGCUGUGCAGUGUGUUUGAAGCCCAGUCCAGGUUACAGGGGUGCCCAAACUCUUACGGCCCCUUUCCUCAGCGUGCCUCCAACCUGGCCUCCCACAGUCGAUACCCCAGCUUUACUUCUUCUGGUUCCUGUUCCAGCAUGUCGGAUCCUGGACUUGGCACUGGGGGCUGGAGCAUAGCAAACAAGGACACUGAGCAGAGCUCCACUCCCUGGUGUGAGUCUUCUCCAGAUGAGUUCCGCUACAGCAACCUGAUGUAUCCCGAUUAUCGGGAGCGAGAGAAGGACCAGCAUGAGAAGAACAAAAGGCUCCUGGAUCCUGCCAAUACUCAGCAGUUUGAUGACUUUAAGAAGUGCUAUGGUGAAAUCCUCUAUCGCUGGGGUCUGCGAGAGAAGCGAGCUGAGGUCCUGAAGUUUGUCUCCAGUCCUCCUGAUCCCCACAAAGGAAUUGAGUUUGGUGUGUACUGCAGCCACUGCCGCAGCGAGGCGCGGGGCACCCAGUGCGCCAUCUGCAAGGGCUUCACCUUCCAGUGUGCCAUCUGCCACGUGGCUGUGCGGGGCUCCUCCAACUUCUGCCUGACGUGUGGGCACGGUGGCCACACCAGCCACAUGAUGGAGUGGUUCCGUACACAGGAGGUGUGCCCCACGGGCUGCGGGUGUCACUGCCUGCUCGAAAGCACCUUCUGAACAGUGUGAGAACACGGCACCCCGGGAGUGGGAUUUGGGAUGGAAUUCCCAAGCCACGUUGACUCGGCUCUGCAGCAUCUGGAGGAGCUGUGCAGGGAGCCAGUGCAGGAGCUCUGGCGGUGUGCUGACCUUUCUGAGUGCUUCCAGUGUCCCUGUGCUUCCCAGGUUGCUUUCAGACCGCUUGGACCAAACUCCAGUGUGUCCAUUGCUGGCAAUGGAUGCCACACCACCAAGCUCACACUUGUUCUGCAGAAGGAGUGUAAAUAUUGGCUAGUCUCUGCCAGGCUGAGAAAGGGCUUCAGAGCUCCUUUGGAAAGCACUCGACUGGCAGAGCCAGAUCUGAUCCAGCUGCGUAGUGUCUUUCCAGGUGCCUCUGGAUGGGCCCAAGGGUGAGCUGGGCAGAGCCUUCUUCACAUACUUGAGGCAGAAAUAAUUUGCAAGCAGCAGUGAGCUCUGCAGGCUCGCUGUCAUCUGUGCUCAGCAAGUGGUUGUGCUCCGAGUCACUUUCUGAGACAGCAGGGUCCUUAUUUUUGAACUGCUGUUUACAUUGCUGAGGUUAUCCCAUAAAGCAAGAGUGAAAUGACAUUUUUCAGCAUUAUUUCCUAAAUACUUUCCUCCCACUGUUCCAUAUCAGCCCCUGGUGUGAAAAGCCCAGCCACGCAAUCACAGCCACUAGGAUUAGUUGCUUUCUUCCAGGAGUUUAUUGCUCUUCAGUAAGUGUCUCUGCGCUCUGCUCUGGGUGAUUCAGUGCACUUUAACUUGCCUGUCCCUGCCUUGCUGGCAGCUCCUCCUCAGGGCUGGGAGAGGCAGCUGCCCUUCUGUUUGGGGCCCACAGCAGGUUGUGAGGACUGUGGGUCUCCCUUCAUCUGCGGGGGGCAAUGCAGAAAGGCUUGGGAAGACGCAAGCAGAACAUGUGCUCUGUGCAGGGGGGAAACUGAUGAGUAAUUUGUGAUGAUUUCAAGGGGAAAAGGGGUUUGGAAAAGUGAUAGGGAUAACAGAGGCAACAGGUUUGUGCCUUCCAUUUGAGAAUGUCCUGGAUGGAUCCCUCUCUUUGGGGCUGUGCCUGCUGCUUGGCAUGGCCUGUGUCUGUGAUAACUCAGGCCGUGGGCUCCACUCCUGCUGUGGAACAAGCAGAAGAUGUCUCUUAAACAUUAAAGUUAUUUUUUGAAGCGUG